GGUAAUUGGCAACAUCAGCAGCAGAAAGAGGAAGAUCUGUACAUUGCUUUGAAGAGUUUGCUGCAGGAGGUAUCUGGCACCAAAGUUAAUUGCAAAUUUCAGAAGGUUGAGCAGAAGGUGGCAGCCCUUGACGAUAUCAUUGACUCAUUGCGAGACUGUGCACAAAGUGAAGCCCAACGCAGAUGCACACAGGAGUCACAGCUUGCAUCCUUGAUGCCGACUGACAUUGUGCUCCUGAUUUCUCAAGUGGAUAAGGAGGAAGUGGAGCAGCAGCUUCUGUAUUUAGCCAUGGCUCACACCUUCAUCGAAAAGGUGAGACAGUUCAUUCAUAAGAUGUGUCAGGAAGAGGUUCAUCAAAGGGGUCAACUUCAGAAGUGUAUCAACCAGCAAGAAACUUUCAGACUGAAGCACCAACAGGUGAAAAUGCUUCUCACUCGAGAGUUUCACAAAAGCAUGAUGAGCAGGUGGGCUGGCCUUGAUAUUGUCUGCGUCAGGCUGGAGCACCUCCGAGACGUGGCUGAGCUGUGCACUUUGGAGGCCAAGGAUAUUCUCUCAGGGGAGCUCUACUGUUUUGGAGACUACCAGCUGAUUGGGCAUGGAACCAUGGGACAAUUGUAUGGGGCUCCAUAUUUAACAACUCAAAAGAUGCUUCCUCUUCUCAAACAGUUAAUAGGCCUGUUAGAGACCAACAAGAAUAUCAUUCUAUCUCCAGAUACUUUGAAUCUUGUAACAUGCCAUGAGAAAGACAGGGCCAAGCUAUUAUCCCAAUCUCCACUUAUUAAGCUCCUGAAGGAAAUCAAUGAGCAACUGAAAACAAAUCUAAAAACAGAAGAGCUUUGGCUGGAGAAUGACCAUCAACAGAACACAACUCAAACUGAGGCCAAAUACCAAGUUCCAGAAGCGGACAGACCAUACAUAGAUAUUACAGAUGCCCAGUGGACGUGUGAAGGAAAGCUUGUGCCAGUCUCCCUUGAGACAAUUUCAGUGCCUGAGCUGGUUGUCUAUCGGUUUGGAAUCUUUAUGGCCCAGCUAGUGAAGAAAUCAAUAAAUGCUCCAGAGGUCAAUAUGCUUCUCGCCUCAAGUUUGCCGACCAACAAUUAUACGCACAAUGCUUUCCGCAAUUCCUUUUUUUAUCAGCAUUCUCAGAAAACAUUAUUCAUACGAAGACAACAGCUAGCAUCAGUGGGUACCUUCUACCUCCUCCUGGUCCACUGUUUGUCUCACCUUGCCGCAGAUGAGCUCAGCGAUGACUCCAAUCCUCUGUUCCUUCAGCUCUUUCACCAGGCGUUGAAGACCUUGUUCAAAGAUAUGUUCUUCACCAGAUUUCAGAUUCUUCCUCCUAUAAAUGCAUGUGAGCCAAGGGCCUCUACAUCCAGUAAACUAUUCCAAAAGGAAUUCCACUCAGAAAUCUAUACUGAUGCAAUUUCUGAUUUACUGAAUAUCGAUAUGAAGGACUCAACAACAUUGACAUUGCUUACAGAGCAAUUACAACAGCACACAGAAGCUAGAAACAACAAGACAACUGGGGCCCCAAUGAAAGGCCAACGAGCUGACAAAAUAAAGGGAUGUCUGCAGGGCCAGAGUGAAGAACAGAAUGACAAUGGAAUUUUCUUCGAAUCCAAAUCAGAACUGGAUCUGGAAGAUAUUGAAGAGAAGAUAGAUAAUAUAACCAUGGAGCUGUCUGCUAUCUUUGAGGCGGAGCGCAAGGUACAAUGGAGCACGGUGUCUGUCUCCAAGAAAAGAGCCGCCUUAAAGGAAAUUGAAGAAUUGGAAGCAGAAUUAGAUAGCAAGAAAAAAUGAACUCUUUCCAACUAUCCUACUGUUGCCCUACUGCACUUGGUAAAAUCAUGUCAUACAUUCAUGAGCAAAAUUUGGCAGGGCUCCAGGGAAGAGCAUUGAACUGAGACUAGAGUCAUACAUGGCUGGCUCAGUGGUCAGCACUGCUGCCUCACAGUGCCAGGGAUCUGGGUUUAAUUCCAGCCUUGACUGUUUUCACAU